UUGAACUAAGCAGGACAAUGUUUUACUUUGGCAGAUUAAACGGAUUUAGAUUUUUUUAAAACUACACAUUGAAAUACAAUCGGAAAUCGUGGAAAUUGUUAUUUUUCGCUCAUGGUAUAUUGGUGCUAUAUCGACAAAAUGUCUCGUUUCAUGCUUUACUCGGUGUUGUUUCUCAUCGUCGUUGCUCACCCAGCACAAGGGCAGGUCAGUUACUCUAUUCCAGAGGAAAUGGCAAAAGGAUCGAGGGUUGGAAAUAUCGCGCAGGAUUUAGGGUUGGAUUUACAACGACUGAAAUCAGGAAAAGCACGCAUAUUUACACAGGACAGCACUGAAUAUAUCGAGCUAAAUAGAAACACGGGACUGCUUCUGAUAAGGGAGAAAAUGGAUCGUGAGUCUCUUUGUGCAAAAACAACUCCGUGUGCUUUGCAUCUUCAAAUGAUUUUGGAAAACCCAAUGGAAUUAUACACGAUUAAUAUCGAAGUCACAGAUAUAAAUGAUAAUGCACCUACUUUCCAGAAAAAGGAUUUCAAAUUUGAGAUCAGCGAAUCGGCUGUGCCGGGUGCUAGUUUCAUGCUAGGGAGAGCUUUUGAUCCUGAUGUAGGACAAAACGCACUUCAAAGCUAUUCGCUUAAACCCUCUGAUACAUUUCGUCUUGAAUUGCUGAGUCAGAUGGAUGGCACUAAAAAUGUCAGGAUGAUUUUACAAAACCCACUUGAUAGAGAAACGCAAAACUCGCUUUCUUUGUUUUUAGAAGCGUUUGAUGGCGGCGAUCCUGUUCUCUCAGGCACAGUGAAGAUUCAAAUUACCGUCUUAGACAUUAAUGAUAAUGCUCCUGUAUUUACGCAGAAGGUAUAUAAAACCACCAUAGCAGAAAACGAAGCAAAGGGUGCUAUAUUAACAGUUGUGAGCGCGUCCGAUGCCGACGAAGGCUUUAACGGUGAGGUAACAUAUUACAUAUCUGACACAAUGGACAGUAAUGUGGCAGACAUAUUUAUAAUUAAUAAACAAAAUGGUGAACUAUCAUUAAAUGGUCAGAUUGACUAUGAAAGGGUGAACCAUUAUGAGCUUAAUAUUCAGGCAAAGGACCAAGGAGGACUUUCAAAUGAAGGUAAAGUAAUUAUCGAUGUGUUGGACAUUAAUGACAAUUCACCGAGUAUUAGUGUUCUGUCUAGUUCCCAUUCUAUAUCCGAAGGGUCUAAGUCUGGGACUGUUGUUGCAAUGCUAAAUGUUAACGAUAUUGACUCAGGUUUUAAUGGCCAGGUUCACUGCGUCAUAAAUGACGAUAUUCCCUUUGCUAUUACAUCUUCGUCUAGCAGUUUUUUUAGCUUACAAACAGAACAUGAAUUGGACAGGGAGGGAAAAGCUGAGUACAAUAUCACUAUUAUGUGCACGGAUGAGGGAGUGCCCGUGCUCUCCAGUAGUGUUUCUUUUCGUGUGCAGAUAACAGAUGUGAAUGAUAACGCGCCAAUCUUUGAGAAACGUCACUAUGAAGCAUGCGUCGUCGAAAACAACCCACCUGGUGUCUCUAUUUCAAAUGUUAAAGCCAUCGACGCUGAUUGGAAUCAGAAUGCACGUGUUUCAUAUAUUCUAGAGGACAGCACUGUCAAUGGAGUUUCUGUAUCUUCAUAUGUAUCAGUUCACCCUGACAGUGGAGUGAUUACAGCAAUGCGCUCGUUUGACUAUGAACAACUUAAAGAUUUCAAUAUCCAAGUGAAGGCUCAAGAUGGGGGCUCUCCUCCUCUCAGCAGUAAUGUGACUGUAAAAAUUAUUAUUCAAGAUCAGAAUGACAACGCUCCUCAGGUUCUGUAUCCUGUACAAGCUGGUGGUUCUGUGGUGGCUGAGAUUGUGCCUCGUUCUGCAGAUGCUGGUUAUCUCGUCACUAAAGUGGUGGCUGUUGAUGUGGACUCUGGACAGAAUGCCUGGCUCUCAUAUAAACUUCAGAAAGCCACAGACAGAGCGCUGUUUGAAGUGGGUUUACAGAAUGGAGAAAUAAGAACUGUGCGACAGGUGACUGAUAAAGAUGCUGUGAAACAAAAACUCACUGUUGUUGUUGAAGAUAACGGACAGCCCUCGCGCUCAGCUGUUGUUAAUAUUAACGUGGCUGUGGCGGACAGCUUCCCUGAAAUACUUUACGAACUCCCAGAUUUUACGCAUGACAGAGAACAAAACGACAAUCUGACUUUUUAUUUAGUUCUCGCCCUGGCUGCGGUUUCCUUCCUUUUCAUCACAUGUGUAGUUGUUAUAAUAUCAGUGAAAGUCUACAAAUGGAGACAAUCUCGCAUUUUCUAUCAGUCAAAUCUCCCUGUUAUUCCAUACUACCCACCAAACUAUACAGAUACAGGAGUAACUGGAACUCUGCCACACGGAUACAAUUAUGAAGUUUGUAUGACCACUGACUCGAGGAAAAGCGACUGUAAGUUCUCAACACUCGGGGGUCAGAAUAUUUUAGUGAUGGACCCAAGUUUCACUGAAACUAUGCAACGCGUAGUCAACGAAAAUAACGUUUUGGAAGGUGAAUACUCGACAGAAUCGGUAAGAAAAACUUUUCUUAAAUCUAAAUUAUCAAAAUAUUCAGUGCAAAUAAUAUGAUACAUUUCUCUUAAA